AUGGAAGAAGCUUUUAUUAGUCGUUUUAAUAAUUUGCUUGAAAAUCAUAAAUCUAAAAAUAAUAUUCAUAUUACACCAGAAAGAUACAUUGAAAUAAUUAAUAGAUUAAAGUUUUUAAACAAUUUACCUAAUAAUUCAGCAGAACGAAAAGAAACAUCUGAUUAUAAAUUAUUACAGAAAUUUGAAUUAUUAAUAAUCGGUAUUGACGAACGCCUGAUUAAGCGUCGUCCGAAUUCACAAGACAAUAUACUUUAUAUUGUUAAUACCUCGGAAAUAUUUAACAUAAUUGAUGAAGCACAUAAACGAAUAGGACAUGGUGGUAGAGAUCGUACAUUAAAAGAAAUAAAGUCAAAAUAUUUUAAUAUUACUGAAGAAUGUGUUGAACAUUAUAUGAAAAUUUGCGAAGAAUGUCAAAGAAAGAAACCCAUAUGUUUACCAAAAGUGGUCACAAACCCAAUACGGUCACAUCAUAUUUUGUCAAGAAGCCAAGUUGACCUUAUUGAUUACCAAUCCAAGCCAGAUGGCAGUUUCCGUUUUGUAAUGAACUAUCAAGAUCAUUUUUCAAAAUUUAUUAUAUUGCGCCCAUUAACAUCGAAAAGAGCUGCAGAAGUUGCGAUCCAUUUAGUUGAAAUGUUUUGUAUGUACGGUGCACCAUGCAUAUUGCAAUCGGAUAAUGGUCAUGAAUUUGUUAAUGAAAUUGUUGAAGAAGUAAAAGAAUUAUGGCCAGGUUUGAAAAUAUGUCAUGGAAGACCUCGGCAUCCACAAAGUCAAGGGAGCGUGGAAAAAGCAAACGAUGAUGUCGAACGGAAACUGGCCAUUUGGAUGAAACAAAAUAAAACAAGUAUUAAUACAACCCCAUUUAGUGUAAUGUUUGGCUGUGCACCAAAACUUGGUCUUUCAUCUCUCCCUUCAUCAUCAGCAACAAUUGAUCGAUUGACAAAAGAAGAAGAGUUGCUUGCUUUAAUUGGGCAAUAUGGUAUUAAUCCAGGCGGUGAUACUGAUUCAAGCGGUGGUAUUGAAUUAUCUGAUGGCAACAGUGCUUCGAAUACUGAUAAAACUGGGCCCAGCGUUGAUAAUGGUGCCGAUAAUGAUAUGGAAGUUGAAAAUAAUAAUAAUGAUGGGCAUGAUAGUAUUUGUCAUGUAUCUAAUACUGGUCAAGAAAAGCAAGCUAAAAGAAUGACCGCACGAGCUGAAACUCUGUCACCAUUACGUAUAGGUGAUAAUGUGCGCAUGAAAAUACCAUCAGUUGAUAGAUCUCGUGUCGAUCCUUUGACAAUAUUAGGUGUGGUCGUCAAUGUAGAUCAUAAUGGUUUACACAGUAUUGGUUGUCGUGGUGGUACUAUUAACACAAAAUAUAAUCGAAAAGAUCUUGAACAUUGUGAAACCAUUUCAAAACCAACUGCAGUAGAUAGUACGUCAUUACCACUUCGUUCAAUUGUAGCUAAUGAAUCAUUAGUUGGUGGUCAAGGACUUUUUCAUUGUGACUGCCGUCGUGGUUGUGAAACCAACAGAGAUAGACAUAGCGACCAACCAAUAUUAAUAUUUGCUGAUUCAUUUAAAAAAGAAAAUGACGAGAAAUCGGAUUUUGAUGAUAUUUAUGACAACUUAAUCGAAGCUCAAGGUUCAUUUCUCAAAGAUUCUACAAUCAUAUCGAUCAAAUCUGAAGAUGAUAUUAAUAAAAAUAUACACAAAAUUGGUAAAUUAGGAUCAAUUACACUUGCAACAAGAAUUAUGGGACGUGGUGCUGAUAUUAAAGUUGAUAGAAAUAUCAAAAAAGGUUUACAUUUAAUUUUAACCUAUUAUCCGAAACGAGAAAAUAUUUAUAUACAAAUGCUUGGUCGAACUGCUCGACAAGAUGAAAAAGGUUCGUAUUCGGAAAUCGUUCGAUUCGAAAGACAAUUUGAGGAAGUUAGUGAAGUCAAAGUUGAUCAAAGAAUUAAGAAAAUUCAUGAUACAAAUGAAUAUUUUUAUAAUCAUAUUCAUUCAACUUCGAAAAUUAGUUUAACAUGGCCUUUAUUCAUAAAAACAAACGAAUCUAUUCAUAAAAUGUUCAAAAAAUAUGUAACAGCUGCGUAUAAGAAAAUUUUUCGAAAUGAAAGUGACGAAAAUGAUGCUGAAUCGGCAACAAAUAGUCAAUCUCGAAGAUUUUUACUAGGACAAUAUUUUAAACAAUUGAAUGAAAUAGAUCAUCAUCAUAUCGAAGAUCAUGAUAGAAAUUCCUCGGUAAAUGAUCUCGAUCAAAUUGGACAAAAUGCAUUCGAACUCCAUGAUCAAUUAAAUCAAAUCCAAUCUGCCGAAGAUCAAAGUCAGUCGAUUUCAAUUGGUGAUAAUUCAACUAUUCUGGAAUCUCAAUUACAAAGUAUUGACGAUGAGCAAACGAACAAUAUAUCCAGUAUUAAAUCAAGUAUUGGAAAUAAUUUUCAAAUUCUAAAUGAAAAAUUCAAUUCAUUAAAAUCAACAAACAUCGAUUAUAAGUUCGUACCUGUACUUGGUUCACGAAUGAAUCAAUUAGAAAUAGCUGUAAAAAGUAUUGAAUCGACGAAUGAUCAUCAUGAAAUUCUCAAAUUAGAAAUCGGAAAUAAUUUUCAAUAUUUGAAUGAUCCAUUAAAUACAUUGACACAUUUCCAAGAUAAUAAUGAAACAAAUUUAGAUAUUCAACUUGCAUAUUAUUCAACAUCAUUGGAAGAAAAACUCACUGAUAUGAAAAAUAUUUUUUACAAACGUUAUAAAACGAAAUUUGAAGAAUUAAUUCAAAAUAUGAAAUUAAAAUAUGAAAAUGAGUUUGAAAAUUACAGAAAACUGAAUAAUUCAAAAUCUGAAUUAGAAGAAUAUUCGAAAUAUUGUGUGAAAUUAAACAAAUCAUUACCU